GUGGCUUUACUCAUUCCUCAUGUCAAACGUGAAACCCUUCAAGUCUCAUUCAUUAUUCACCAAAGUCACACUCUCCUAAUUAAUUCUCUUACAAACUGCAUCUAUUUUUUGUCCUUAAUUACAAGAGUUUGGUAACAUACUAAUACCAUGAAUUCUAAUUCAUUCACACUCACAUUUAUUUCAUAAACUUAUAUUAUACUUUGGUAUAAAAUAAAUAUCCAAAUAUUUCACUCAUCUAGAUUUUGUAACAAUUCAGGAUCUGUUAGCUACUGUUUUUCACUGUUCUGUCUUCUUCAGAAGAUGGAAAAUUAUGAAGUGAUAGAGAAACUUGGUAGAGGUGCUUUAGGUGCAACUUUUCUUGUUCUUCACAAAACUGAAAGAAAGAGGUAUGUGUUGAAGAAGAUUAGAUUGGCCAAGCAUACAGAGAAGUCCAAAUUGACAGCAUACCAAGAGCUGGACCUGAUCGCACAACUAAAUUAUCCUUAUAUUGUGGAGUACAAAGAUGCUUGGGUGGAGAAGGAGGACUAUAUAUACAUUAUAAGCGGCUAUUGCGAAGGAGGUGACAUGGCUGAGAAUAUAAAGAAAGCUCGGGGAUCUUUCUUUCCAGAGGAGAAAGUCUGCAAAUGGAUGACUCAAUUGUUGCUAGCUGUGGACUACCUGCACUCUAACCGCGUGCUCCACAGAGAUCUUAAGUGUUCCAACAUAUUCCUCACCAAAGAAAAUAACAUUCGUUUAGGUGACUUUGGUCUUGCAAAGCUACUUGACACAGACGACCCUGCUUCUUCGGUUGUUGGAACUCUAAAUUACAUGUGUCCUGAGAUCUUUUCUGAUAUGCCUUACGGUUAUAAAUCUGACAUAUGGUCGCUUGGUUGCUGCAUGUUUGAAAUUGUUGCACAUCAACCGGCAUUUCGUGCUCCAGACAGGGCUGGACUUAUCAAUAAAAUAAAUAGAUCCACCAUUUCUCCACUGCCAAUUGUUUACUCUUCCACACUGAAACAAAUUAUCAAGAGCAUGCUGAGGAAAAACCCUGAACACAGACCAACAGCGGCUGAAUUGUUGAGGCAUCCUCAUUUACAACCUUUUGUUCUCCGCUCUCGUGAUGCACCCUCUGUUUUUCUUCCGGUACAUCUCAUAAGUUGUAACUCACCGAAAAAAUCUUACAAAUCUAGUGGUGGCAAAGACAAUAAGGACAAAGAAGAAGGAUUUGUACACCAUUUGGAGCGAGUUUAUCCCAUUGAGGGAAAUGGAGACGUACAGACAAGAAAUCGACCAAAUGGUCGCAAGCUAGCAGUGUCAGUGAGCACAGAAGACAACCUUGAGACUAAAAGGGUUGAUCCUACCAGCUACUCAUUGGAAUUCUCUACAAGUUUUAGUGGCUCAAAAGACGAGUCCACAACAUCUGAAUCAACCGUUUGCAGCGUGUGCAAGGAAGCAGACUUAAAAAAUAGAGCUGUAAGAGACAUGGAUGAUACAGAGAUCACUUCAAAGAGUACCCUAGAUUUUGCACAUGAAAAACAAGUAUUUGCAACUGAACAUUUUCAGAAGUCGUAUGCGGUUGACAUAAAUACAGGGACUAAAAAAGUCGAAGAUACUUUUUCCAAUGAAGACAGUAGUGGCAAUGAUAAAGAUGCAUCUACCAGUGACGAUGUCACAUCACAAUGUACUCGAGAUUCUGUGCACGUAGAAAAAAGAUUUACUGUCGAACAUUUUCUGAAGGCUGAUUCAAUUGACAUAAAUGCAUUAACCACAGAAGAUAGAUACAAGUUUUCCAAUAAAGGUUUUGAUAAAGCUGAAUUACAGAGAGAAGAUGUGAAACCUGAGGACUUCAUUAAAUCAAUAAUGUCCAGUGAAAAUAGAUUGGGCAUUGAUAUAGAUGGGUCCAUUGAUGAGGUCACUUCAGAAAGUACACUAGAGUUUUUGCUUGUAGAACAAUUUAUUACUGAACAUUGUCAGAAUCCUAAUGCAUUUGAUAUAAAUGCAGUGACAACAGAAGUUGAAGGUACUUUAUCUGAAGGUUGUUUUGAUACUUUUUCCGAAUGUGAUUUCGAUGCUUUCUCCGAAACACAGAGAGAAGGCGCCAAAGCAGAGGACUCAAAUAAAUCAAUCAUUUACAGGAACGACUGUAAUCGAAAUGAUAAAGAGCCCGUUGAUGAUAUCACUUCAAAGAGCACACUUGAUUCUGUACAUGAAAAACAGGAAUGUACCGCCGAGAAUUGUCAGAACUCAAAUACAAUUUGCAUAAAUUCAGCGACUACAAAAGUUGAUGAUAGUCUUUCUAGUGAAGGUUUUGAUAAAGCUGUAGCACGAAGAGAAGAUGCCAAACCUGAGGACUCGAGUAAUUCAAUCAUUUACAUCAAAGACUGCAAUGGAGAUGAUAAAGAACAGUCCAUUGGUGAUAUCACUUCAAAGAGCACACUGGAUUCUGUACUCGAAGAACAGGAACGUGCCGCUGAGAAUUUUCCAAAGUCAAAUACAAUUGACAUACAUGCUGUGACUGCAAAUGUUGAUGAUACUCUUUCCGGUAAAGUUUUUGAUAAAGUUGAAGCUCAAACAGAGGAUGUCAAACCUGAGGACUCAGGCAUGUCAAUCAUUUACCGCAAUAUCAAUGACGAAAAAGAGUCUAUCGAUGAGAUCACAUCAAAGAGCACAGGCGAUUCUGUGCAUGAAGAACAGCAAUUUUCUGCUGAACACUUUCGUAAUCCAGAUACAAUCGACACAAAUGCAGUGACUACAAAAGUUGAUGAUACUUUUUCGAACGAAGGUUUUGAUAAAGUUGAAGCCAUAAGUGACAAUGAUAAAAUUGGUUUCAUCAACGAGGAUAUGGAAUCACCGAUUGUGCAUUCUGUUAGGGUUGAACAUGACCCUGAUACUGUAAGCUGCACGAAGGAAAGUGAAAAACCUGAAGCAUUCACAGAGGACUCACACAUGAACAUUCCGGCUUCUGAGAGCAAUGAUUCACUUCCAGCCAAUUAUGAAGGCAGUUUCACACAUAAACACGAUAAAAAUGCCUCUGUUGAUAAGACACCAAAUGAAAUUUCCUUAAGCACAAAUAUUUCACUAGGGGGUGACAAAACAAAGAGGUUGUUGAAAAAUUCCGGCCAACAAAGAGCUGAUGCUUUGGAGUCUCUGCUUGAGUUAUGUGCACAUUUACUUAAGCAAGGAAAACUGGAAGAGCUUGCUGCGGUGCUAAGACCGUUCGGAGAAGACACAGUUUCAUCCAGAGAAACAGCUAUAUGGCUGACAAAAAGCCUCAUGUCGUCGCAAAAAUUUCAUCCGGAAACCUAGUUUGGUGAGAGGUUCUCAUUAUGUAUCAUUGAUUAUUAUUAGAAAAAUGUGUAUUUCAAAAAGUUACAUGAGUUUGUUCAUUUGAGACUCUUGCUUGAUUGAGGAUUGGAGGCUUGGAAAAUUACAUCCCCAUAUUUUUUUCUUGGUGAUUUUUUUACUGUAAAUGGCUUGAUUUAUAUUUGAGAACUGUUGAUAUGUUCAUUCGUGUUUUUCUGUAAGUUAUAUGGCUUUGAUUGUAUCAAAAUUAAAUAUUAUCAUGUUUCCUCC